GUGGGUAUCAGCGCCAGGGUAACGUUUGAGGCCCUGUCAGGAGAGAGAGCCCGUUCAGACAUGGAGGUGCAGAACGAGGGCAGUACAGCAGUCUACUACAGCUGGCAGCGCCUGGCUGUACCACAUAGCUUCCCUGACGCCAGGACACAUACACACACACAGCACUUCUACUUCAACACCUCCACAGGUGUGAUUCUACCAGGUGACAGCAAGCGUGUAGAGUUUAUAUUUAAGUCGGAGGUCCCAGGCAUCAGGACAGAGGUGUGGCGUCUCAACACACACCCUGUCCUGCUGGGCGGAGCCUCCAUCCAGGUGACACUGAGGGGUGUGGCUCUUUACCAGGACAAGACCGCUGACCAGAGACACGCUCUGGAGAGGGAGCUGCAGCAGAGAGAGGCUGCGUCAGUGUGUCGGUCGUUGGUGUGUGACGUGUUACGAGGCGUCCUCACCCCAGAGAGACCCGGCUCCCCUGCGGAGCUCUACACCACCGAGGAAGAACACUUCCACAACAGGAACCCCAAGGUCCACUACACCUUGAAGCUGCAAUACCGUUAUGAGACAGUGGAGGCGCUGAAGAGCCUGUGGCAGCAGGUGACCGCAGAAACAGGAGAAGACAGAGAAACAGCCUGGGACCUCUCUGUGUCUACACUACGACAGGCGGUGCUAGCUCUGCCCCAGGGGACGGGGAGCAGGAUGGACCCCAGGAGAGGCUCACCAGAGAGGGGGCUCUGAGCCUCUAUAACACCCUCCUCCUGGAGCUCACCCAGCCACUCACACAACACACGCCACUACCACACAACGCUAUAGGGUUGCAGCUGUGGAGAGAGCUGUUGGACGGUCUGGUCAGUGCAGCUCUGUGGCUCAGACAUCUACUGGGUCUCCCUGAGUCAGACACAUGGGGGAACACACACAGGACCACCACCACAGCUGGGGAAAGACGAAGAAAGAGGAGAAGUUUGAGAAGAGGGCAGGAGCACCCCUGAAGGAGGAGAAGAGGGGAGGGGCACCCCUGAAGGAGGAGAAGAAGGGAGGGGCACCCCUGAAGGAGGAGAAGAGGGGAGGGAGCGUCAAAGAGAAGGAGGAGAAGAAGGGAGCAGCCAAGCCUGCUGUGAAGGAGAAACCAGUGGAGGAGCGUCCGGGCAGUAAGAAGAAGGGUCGUGAGGAGGUGGCAGUAGGGGACAAGCGUCCUGGAGGUGUAUAUUCUAAUGGAAGGCUUAGUGGAUUCUCUGUGUGUGCUGUUGGAUGAGUCUGCAGAGGAACAGACUUGAGCUGACACACACACACACACACACACACACACACACACACACACACACACACACACACACACACACACACACACACACACACACACACACAGCUCUCCACUCUUCCCUAACACACACAUUUGUACAGAGAAUCCAUCACAGGUGCAGAGGUUUAUUUAUUUCCUAUGACAUCAAUAAACUUGCUUUGUGAACUUCC